AUGGACCAAAGACCCACUUUCACUGCGGAACAGAUCCAUGAAAUGGUCGAGGAUCGCAAAGACAAGAGAACUCCCAUGAAGAAGUUUGAGGAUGAAUUGGCUGGCAAGGAUGUGAUGGAGUUCUUUAUAUUUUUCAUGUACUAUGAUGGCUUCAAGAGCGCCGCCGAAAGAGAAGGAGAUCCAACAGUACCGCACUACGGAUUCAACCUUGCAUCUGGUCCUCCUGGUAGUGUCAACCACCAGAGGUGCUACAAUAGACUAAGACCAAUGGUCAACUUUCGCACAAGAGGACAUCGUCUUGGGGCCCUUGCAAAGGAAUUCCUUGACAACAACAUUGAACCACCUGAAGAGUGUCGUCCCAUUGAAGAGGAUCCGGAGCCGCCCUCUGAUAUGAUCGAUGAAGCUACAAGACUUCUAGCUGGAACUUCGAUCUAG